CGACACUAGUCUCAUGUAACUCUGAUUCUUUCGCCCGUUCGUCUUCAUUGCUAGCUGUUGACACAAUGUGUGAAUGAAUCCAGUAAAUAAAUGUAAUGUAGAUACAUUAAAUAAAUAAUAUGAGAAGUAUUAUGAAUGCAGAUGGUUGAUCCGGAAGUGGGCAUUAUAUAUAGCGGUUGGAUGCUGAACUAGCUAGCUGGAUUUCCUGCUGCUAAGGUUAAAUGACAAGGCUCGAACUGCAGUGCGUUGCGGUGACGGGCAGGAGAAGACCACUACGGUAUAAUAACCGAUAGGACCGGGGGAAGAAAGGAAAGGUGCCACUUGGAUUCAAAGACAUCGAACCUCGCCUUCAUUUUGGAUUCAGAAUGGGGAAUAGAGACGACGAGUAUGAUUACUUGUUUAAAGUGGUGUUGAUAGGAGACUCUGGUGUGGGGAAGAGUAACCUGUUGUCUCGUUUCACCCGGAAUGAGUUUAACCUGGAGAGUAAGAGCACCAUCGGGGUGGAGUUUGCCACCCGCAGUAUCCAGGUGGAUGGGAAGACCGUGAAGGCUCAGAUCUGGGACACCGCUGGCCAGGAGAGAUACCGGGCUAUUACAUCAGCGUAUUACCGUGGUGCCGUGGGGGCCUUGCUGGUCUAUGACAUCGCCAAGCACCUGACCUAUGAAAACGUGGAGCGUUGGCUGAAGGAGCUGAGAGACCACGCAGACAGCAAUAUCGUCAUCAUGCUGGUCGGCAACAAGAGUGACCUGCGUCACCUCCGGGCUGUGCCCACCGACGAGGCACGAACAUUCGCAGAGAAGAACGGCUUGUCUUUCCUGGAGACUUCAGCCCUGGAUUCUACUAACGUGGAGACAUCCUUCCAGACCAUUCUGACUGAAAUCUAUCGCAUCGUGUCUCAGAAACAGAUGUCGGACCGACGAGACAACGACAUGUCGCCUAGCAACAACGUGGUCAACAUCCAGGUGCAGCCGACGGAGAAUAAACCAAAGAUGCAGUGUUGUCAGAGCAUCUAACAGCAUCACCAGUACCACCUGCUACCCCCUGACCCCCGACCCCAAACCCCCUUCUAAAAGACUGCUUUGGUCCUGUUUGUCUGAGACACAGCUGCGUGGCCGGGCUCUAGACUGAGACGCAGCCGCGUGGCCGGGCUCUAGUCUGAGACGCAGCCGCGUGGCCGGGCUCUAGUCUGAGACGCAGCCGCGUGGCCGGGCUCUAGUCUGAGACGCAGCCGCGUGGCCGGGCUCUAGACUGAGACGCAGCCGCGUGGCCGGGCUCUAGUCUGAGACGCAGCCGCGUGGCCGGGCUCUAGUCUGAGACGCAGCCGCGUGGCCGGGCUCUAGACUGAGACGCAGCCGCGUGGCCGGGCUCUAGUCUGAGACGCAGCCGCGUGGCCGGGCUCUAGUCUGAGACGCAGCCGCGUGGCCGGGCUCUAGUCUGAGACGCAGCCGCGUGGCCGGGCUCUAGUCUGAGACGCAGCCGCGUGGCCGGGCUCUAGUCUGAGACGCAGCCGCGUGGCCGGGCUCUAGACUGAGACGCAGCCGCGUGGCCGGGCUCUAGUCUGAGACGCAGCCGCGUGGCCGGGCUCUAGUCUGAGACGCAGCCGCGUGGCCGGGCUCUAGACUGAGACGCAGCCGCGUGGCCGGGCUCUAGUCUGAGACGCAGCCGCGUGGCCGGGCUCUAGUCUGAGACGCAGCCGCGUGGCCGGGCUCUAGUCUGAGACGCAGCCGCGUGGCCGGGCUCUAGUCUGAGACGCAGCCGCGUGGCCGGGCUCUAGUCUGAGACGCAGCCGCGUGGCCGGGCUCUAGACUGAGACGCAGCCGCGUGGCCGGGCUCUAGUCUGAGACACAGCCGCGUGGCCGGGCUCUAGUCUGAGACACAGCCGCGUGGCCGGGCUCUAGUCUGAGACGCAGCCGCGUGGCCGGGCUCUAGUCUGAGACGCAGCCGCGUGGCCGGGCUCUAGUCUGAGACGCAGCCGCGUGGCCGGGCUCUAGUCUGAGACGCAGCCGCGUGGCCGGGCUCUAGUCUGAGACGCAGCCGCGUGGCCGGGCUCUAGUCUGAGACGCAGCCGCGUGGCCGGGCUCUAGUCUGAGACGCAGCCGCGUGGCCGGGCUCUAGUCUGAGACACAGCCGCGUGGCCGGGCUCUAGUCUCUAUGCUCCCAUGUUGAGGCUGUGUCCAGAUUCUCCACCCUUCCUACCAAAGUGUGGCACACUCCAUGUCAUGGAUUUAAAGGCAUUGGAUUGUAAUCAUUGGCUGAAGGGAGUUUCUUUACACCAUUGUUAAAUCCAUGAUGGGAAGUGUGCAAGUGAACACUUUGAUAAAAGGGUGUAUAAUUAGGGUGCAGCUGUGUGUGAGCUCGGUGGUUCCUUAAGGAUCCCCAGUCAGGACUAUACAGCUGUGUCUGAGCUCGUUGGUUCCCCAGUCAGGACUAUACAGCUGUGUCUGAGCUCGUUUGUUCCUUAAGGAUCCCCAGUCAGGACUAUACAGCUGUGUCUGAGCCUGUUGGUUCCUUAAGGAUCCCCCGUCAGGACUAUACAGCUGUGUCUGAGCUCGUUGGUUCCCCCGUCAGGACUAUACAGCUGUGUCUGAGCCUGUUGGUUCCUUAAGGUUCCCCAGUCAGGACUAUACAGCUGUGUCUGAGCUCGUUGAUUCCUUAAGGAUCCCCCGUCAGGACUAUACAGCUGUGUCUGAGCCUGUUGGUUCCUUAAGGAUCCCCCGUCAGGACUAGACAGCUGUGUCUGAGCCUGUUGGUUCCUUAAGGAUCCCCCGUCAGGACUAUACAGCUGUGUCUGAGCCUGUUGGUUCCUUAAGGAUCCCCCGUCAGGACUAUACAGCUGUGUCUGAGCUCGGUGGUUCCUUAAGGAUCCCCCGUCAGGACUACACAGCUGUGUCUGAGCUCGUUGGUUCCUUAAGGACCCCCAGUCAGGACUAUACAGCUGUGUCUGAGCCCGUUGGUUCCUUAAGGAUCCCCCGUCAGGACUAUACAGCUGUGUCUGAGCUCGUUGGUUCCCCAGUCAGGACUAUACAGCUGUGUCUGAGCUCGUUGGUUCCCCAGUCAGGACUAUACAGCUGUGUCUGAGCUCGUUGGUUCCCCAGUCAGGACUAUACAGCUGUGUCUGAGCUCGUUGGUUCCCCAGUCAGGACUAUACAGCUGUGUCUGAGCUCGUUGGUUCCCCAGUCAGGACUAUACAGCUGUGUCUGAGCUCGUUUGUUCCUUAAGGAUCCCCAGUCAGGACUAUACAGCUGUGUCUGAGCCUGUUGGUUCCUUAAGGAUCCCCCGUCAGGACUAUACAGCUGUGUCUGAGCUCGUUGGUUCCCCCGUCAGGACUAUACAGCUGUGUCUGAGCCUGUUGGUUCCUUAAGGAUCCCCCGUCAGGACUAUACAGCUGUGUCUGAGCCCGUUGGUUCCUUAAGGAUCCCCCGUCAGGACUACACAGCUGUGUCUGAGCCUGUUGGUUCCUUAAGGAUCCCACGUCAGGACUAUACAGCUGUGUCUGAGCCUGUUGGUUCCUUAAGGAUCCCCCGUCAGGACUAUACAGCUGUGUCUGAGCCCGUUGGUUCCUUAAGGAUCCCCCGUCAGGACUAUACAGCUGUGUCUGAGCCUGUUGGUUCCUUAAGGAUCCCCCGUCAGGACUAGACAGCUGUGUCUGAGCUCGUUGGUUCCUUAAGGAUCCCCCGUCAGGACUAGACAGCUGUGUCUGAGCUCGGUGGUUCCUUAAGGAUCCCCAGUCAGGACUAUACAGCUGUGUCUGAGCUCGGUGGUUCCUUAAGGAUCCCCCGUCAGGACUAUACAGCUGUGUCUGAGCUCGGUGGUUCCUUAAGGAUCCCCCGUCAGGACUAUACAGCUGUGUCUGAGCUCGGUGGUUCCUUAAGGAUCCCCCGUCAGGACUACACAGCUGUGUCUGAGCCUGUUGGUUCCUUAAGGAUCCCCCGUCAGGACUAGACAGCUGUGUCUGAGCCUGUUGGUUCCUUAAGGAUCCCCCGUCAGGACUAUACAGCUGUGUCUGAGCUCGGUGGUUCCUUAAGGAUCCCCCGUCAGGACUAUACAGCUGUGUCUGAGCUCGUUGGUUCCUUAAGGAUCCCCCGUCAGGACUAUACAGCAGUGUCUGAGCUCGGUGGUUCCUUAAGGAUCCCCCGUCAGGACUAUACAGCUGUGUCUGAGCUCGUUGGUUCCCCCGUCAGGACUAUACAGCUGUGUCUGAGCCUGUUGGUUCCUUAAGGAUCCCCAGUCAGGACUAUACAGCUGUGUCUGAGCCUGUUGGUUCCUUAAGGAUCCCCAGUCAGGACUAUACAGCUGUGUCUGAGCUCGUUGGUUCCUUAAGGAUCCCCCGUCAGGACUAUACAGCUGUGUCUGAGCCCGUUGGUUCCUUAAGGAUCCCCAGUCAGGACUAUACAGCUGUGUCUGAGCUCGUUGGUUCCUUAAGGAUCCCCCGUCAGGACUAUACAGCUGUGUCUGAGCCUGGUGGUUCCUUAAGGAUCCCCCGUCAGGACUAUACAGCUGUGUCUGAGCUCGUUGGUUCCUUAAGGAUCCCCCGUCAGGACUAUACAGCUGUGUCUGAGCUCGUUGGUUCCUUAAGGAUCCCCCGUCAGGACUAUACAGCUGUGUCUGAGCUCGUUGGUUCCCCCGUCAGGACUAUACAGCUGUGUCUGAGCCUGUUGGUUCCUUAAGGAUCCCCCGUCAGGACUAUACAGCUGUGUCUGAGCUCGGUGGUUCCUUAAGGAUCCCUAGUCAGGACUAUACAGCUGUGUCUGAGCUCGGUGGUUCCUUAAGGAUCCCCCGUCAGGACUAUACAGCUGUGUCUGAGCUCGGUGGUUCCUUAAGGAUCCCUAGUCAGGACUAUACAGCUGUGUCUGAGCCUGUUGGUUUCUUAAGGAUCCCCAGCUUUUUAUUUUUGCCAUCUUUUAUAUUACUAUAUAGCUAUGUUUUAAUAACCAGACAAACUCUGGAAGAAUCUGCACAGAAAUGUAUUCAUAGAUGAUGUACUAGUUUUGUUAGUAAUAAUGCAGACCUGCCAACAUGCAUUGUACCAUAGGCUUCUAGGCUUCUAUUUGGCACAUUGUGGUUUUUGACUCAACCGUCUGAAGUUGGAGCUGAGCCAAUCAGAGGACUUGGCCGAGGAGAAACCAUCUCCAGCUCCCCCCCCCCCCCCCCCCCCGUAGUCAUGGUAAUGUUCUCCUCACUGCAGCUCUCUGUUCAUACCACUGAUGUGUGAGGGGGGAAAUGGAGAACCAACUGUUUGGCAAAUACAUUUUCCAAUAAUUCUAUGUUGUUAGUCAAGCACAUAACCACUAUUUAGCAGUUAGCUCCUUAGCUAAGGCGUCAUCGCGACUAAGGUAGUUAGCUACAGCGUUUAGUCAACUAAGCGAGAACAAAUUUCUUGCCCGCACAUUUUUUUUAUCUCUGCAAUGGCACGAGCACAUUGACACGAGCACAUUGACCAGCAACAUGUGCUGUGGUAGUUCAGUGCUCCUCACCGUGGAUGGAAACAGACAUGGCAUUACUACCACUGGCAGAAACAGGCAGAGAGCUGCUCUGCUAAUACCACCCUUCACUGAAAGUUAUGUUAAACUGUUAAAGAUUAGCAGGCCUAUGUUAAUGAAUCAUUUGUGUAUCUGUCCUCUUCAAAUACCUGGUGGAUGAGGUUAGGGCGCUGGUGGAUGAGGUCGGGGCGCUGGUGGAUGAGGUCGGGGCGCUGGUGGAUGAGGUCGGGGCGCUGGUGGAUGAGGUCAGGGCGCUGGUGGAUGAGGUCGGGGCGCUGGUGGAUGAGGUUAGGGCGCUGGUGGAUGAGUGGAUGAGGUCGGGGCGCUGGUGGAUGAGGUCAGGGCGCUGGUGGAUGAGUGGAUGAGGUCAGGGCGCCGGUGGAUGAGGUCGGGGCGCCGGUGGAUGAGGUCAGGGCGCCGGUGGAUGAGGUCGGGGCGCCGGUGGAUGAGGUCGGGGCGCCGGUGGAUGAGGUCGGGGCGCCGGUGGAUGAGGUCGGGGCGCCGGUGGAUGAGGUCGGGGCGCCGGUGGAUGAGGUCGGGGCGCCGGUGGAUGAGGUCGGGGCGCCGGUGGAUGAGGUCGGGGCGCCGGUGGAUGAGGUCGGGGCGCCGGUGGAUGAGGUCGGGGCGCCGGUGGAUGAGGUCGGGGCGCCGGUGGAUGAGGUCGGGGCGCCGGUGGAUGAGGUCGGGGCGCCGGUGGAUGAGGUCGGGGCGCCGGUGGAUGAGGUCGGGGCGCCGGUGGAUGAGGUCGGGGCGCCGGUGGAUGAGGUCGGGGCGCCGGUGGAUGAGGUCGGGGCGCCGGUGGAUGAGGUCGGGGCGCCGGUGGAUGAGGUCGGGGCGCCGGUGGAUGAGGUCAGGGAUAGAGAUCUGGAACCAGCUCCUAUAGGCCUAGCUCAAUUGUUUCAUAUUCCAUCUAUCCUACAGUAAACUAGGAUUCAUAUUCAAUCUAUCCUACAGUAAACUAGGAGUCAUAUUACAUCUAUCCUACAGUAAACUAGGAGUCAUAUUCAAUCUAUCCUACAGUAAACUAGCAUUCAUAUUCAAUCUAUCCUACAGUAAACUAGGAUUCAUAUUCAAUCUAUCCUACAGUAAACUAGGACUCAUAUUCAAUCUAUCCUACAGUAAACUAGGACUCAUAUUCCAUCUAUCCUACAGUAAACUAGACUACUACAUUGCAUCCAUUAAUUGAAUUAUUUAGAAAUUUCUCCUCAAACAAAUUUAAGAAGAAGGCCGUUUGCAUUUUCACUAGACUAUCCACCUCAACUAUUGAUUUAAUCAUUACCCCUCAAUUUAACCUCGGAAAAAAACACCUCAAUUUCAUUUAGCAUCAAACACAAUACUUCUGUGUUUACUACAAUGUUGGAUUUAAUUUAUAGCUCUAGGUUUAAGGAAAUGUCUGUCAAAUGCACCAAUUUCCUGAGGGGAAAGUUGACUGACCCAAUCUGGGCCUUCCCCUACCAAACCUUAGUCCUACAUCAGUACCACCUUGGCUGAAAACCAAGUACCCGAGUACCCAUAGCAGUCUAUAGUUAGCUACUGAAGACCAGCCAAUUACCGAGUACCCAUAGCAGUCUAUAGUUAGCUACUGAAGACCAGCCAAUUACCGAGUACCCAUAGCAGUCUAUAGUUAGCUACUGAAGACCAGCCAAUUACCGAGUACCCAUAGCAGUCUAUAGUUAGCUACUGAAGACCAGCCAAUUACCGAGUACCCAUAGCACUCUAUAGUUAGCUACUGAAGACCAGCCAAUUACCGAGUACCCAUAGCAGUCUAUAGUUAGCUACUGAAGACCAGCCAAUUACCGAGUACCCAUAGCACUCUAUAGUUAGCUACUGAAGACCAGCCAAUUACCGAGUACCCAUAGCAGUCUAUAGGCUACCAUGGCUACUGAGGCAGUCUUCUACCAACAUCAUUAGACUAAAAAACGUGUCUAUGACUUGAGCAGUGUGGGUGUCGUUGCGCUGAAUUGGUGAUGAUAGGCCAG